CAGUAGCAUAAUCAAGUGUAUAUCUAUCUCCAAAUCCCUAACAAUAGCACUGCGAUAUUCCCGACACAGAAAAAGCUCGAGCCUUCAACCUUGAGCUAUGGGUUUGUUGUCAUGGUGGAAGGGCAAAAAGUCAGAACCCGAACCACCAAACUCCAACUCUUCUUCUUCGGUUCAGCUGAAAGCCAAUGGUGCAGCUAAACCUACCGAGGUUCCCGGCAUGAACGGCGCCGUCGAGGUCCCUCGCCCUCCAGACGCCACCGUUUCGAUUUUCGAGUUCGGUUCGGUGGCCGCCACCAACGACAGGGUCACCCUCGCUGGCUACUGCCCCGUCUCCGAAGAGCUCGAGCCCUGCCGAUGGGAGUUCCUCCCCGCCGUUGAAUCCAACGCGCCGCAGUUUCGCGUUGUCUUCUGACACCGUAAGCUCGAAAAAAGAUUGAGAAUUUAUGUGAUUUUUGGUGUUAGAGGUUCUGCUUCAAACGAAAUUUAGCUCCUUUCAAUGUUGAAUUUAAAUAUUCCUCAUUGUUGUUCUUUUUAACUGUGACUGUGAAUGAACUAUAUACUUUGCAUUAUUCACUAUCA